GUGCACGAUCAUGACCACCAGUCCCGAACCGUCCGCCGGUCGAUCACGUAAGCCUCGUUAGCACCGUUGUCAGCGCACACCAUCGUCAUGAAGUGGCUGUUCCUGUUGAGCUUCCUGCUGUGCGCUAUGUUAGCCGCGGCCGGCAAGUACAGCUGUCCCGCCUGUCCGGCCAACUAUCUGCCGGUUUGCGGAACCGACGGCAAAACCUACUCGAACGAGUGUGCGCUCGAGUGUACGGUUGGGCCAGCGGUGAAAGUGGCCCGCUCCGGAUCGUGCUAGCGAUGGCACACCAACCGGACCGGACAGCCAGGACCAAGUGGUUGGCGGUGGGAACGUGCAACUCGCAACCGCUUGGAGGCGCGUUAGGUUUAGUGACAGUUUAAUAGUUUUAUCCUUCGGAAUAAAAUGAUGUGUGUAUAAUAAAGGCAUUGGUAACUGGCUGGCUGUUGCUUUUGAAUUUUAGAAUGAUU